AUGUCUCCAAAGAACUUAGCAAGGUCGGUGAUCCCGGCCAUCGACUUAUAUUGUCGUAAGGCAAACUUCAAAACGCUAAAAUUCCUGUCGAUGAUCUUGUGCAGUAAAAAAGACUGGCAUGACAAUAGGAAGGCACCAGUGAGAAACUUUUUGGUCGCUCGAUGUACUACCUUCGAGCAAUUGAGGGCACGUCUCGCCGAAGAGGGCAAAGUGAACCUAUUCAGCGUUCUUUUGACGAAUGAUUCAUUUGCAUUUUGCAAGAUGACUGUUGAUAAUAAAUUCGACACUAGGUUGGUCAAUUGGCAGAAUAUACCGUUUGAUUAUACAUUUUCGACUGAGCGUAGACAGCACAUAAGUUUGCUACCCACUGAUACACUUUUCGCGACCGAAAAGAUCAUAUCAGUUCUUGGCCCAUCUCCCAGAAUGACCAAUUUUGUUUCCAUAGAAAGACAGCGAGCACCGCUGCUGGACUUUAGUUGCAAACUACAACUAAACAUCCUGGAGCAUCUGCUUUAUGCCAAGUGUCAAGGGGUUCAGCUAUCGUCUCCUGAUGGAGAGACUCGUCUGCUUGCGGCCAUUUGCAAUCCAGAAUUCAUCGAUGCCUUUUGGUGCGAUUUAACCCCCAUAAGGGCCUCAUUAGUGGAAAACCCCUCUAUUACUGUACCUCAAGAAUACCAGAUAUAUGAUCCACUGAUACGUGCCUCUAUAAAAGAGAUUGUUACCAAGCGGUUAUUGCGAUCUGCCUUCUAUAACGACACCGACCCACUAAUGCGUUUGUGUUUGGAUACUAACUGGAAGUUCAAAUUACCCAUGCUAUCUUCGACAACCGACCUCGACUUCUCCUUAAAGGAUUGUCUUUCCUUGGAUACAAGAGAAGAUGCACACGAUAUGACAGAGGUCUUUCUCUCCGCCAUGGCUUCGAGUAGAACUCUCCGUACGUAUAGUAACCUAGUAGACAUUGUGAUGAAAGAGAACGGCAGGUUCGACUCUGGAAUCCUAAAGGAAUUCAACGACUACGUCAAACAAGAGAAGCUCAAUCUGCAAAAUUUCCAGGCCGAUUCGUCAGAGUUCCUUAAGGACGUUAAAUUAUAA